GGCACCAUAGAACUUUAGAAAAAAACAUUUUUUGUUUUAGGAAUAAAUGUGCAUACUAAAGAAAUAGCAGGAAGUUGAAUAUAACCUAACUAAUCUUUUGGUGAAAAUGUUGAUUAAAGAAUUUUUAAUUAUCGGAACCUUAUAUUCGGUUGUUAAUUCUAGCAGUUUGGAAUAUGAUGGUUCCGUGAUAAUAAAACUACAACACUCUCUCCAAGGAGGGUCCCAUUCAAGUUUUACCGAAAGGGGUAACAUAAGUAUCCAUAGCUUAAGAUUAGGACAAGCCAUUGUCAGACAAAUUCCGUUAACUGCGGAGGACAAGCAAAAGUUACAGAUAUUAGCAAUAAACAAUGAAUUCUAUAGACUUAAAUCAACAGUUAUUAGCAGUGAUGGCGCAGAAAGAACAUUUUUAUCAACCGUUAAAGCUUGUAUGUUAGGAGAAGCUGAGUUAGAUGAUAGAAUUUCUGUGUCCCUUGAUUAUAUGGGCAGGGUAAUAGCUGUAACUAUGGUCAUAGCUUCAAAGUCAAGUUGCGAAGGUGCAAGCCUUGAUGUUGAUAAACUAAAGGAAUUUACUACAAGUGUGUAUGUCAGACAUGCCGAAACUGGUCCAAUCCCUGACACUGCAACAUAUAUACAAAAGUUAGAGAGGGAAAAAGAGACUCGAGAAAAAGGAGAUGUCAAAGACAAUAGGUCAUUUUUGGCAAAAUAUUGGAUGUAUAUUGUACCAAUUGUCAUAAUUAUGGUAAUUUCAUCUGCCACAAGUCAAGACACUCAAGGUGGCGGUGCAGCCUAAUAAAUGACCAAACCCAAUAGUGUGAGUCUGGAUGUAAUUUAUUUCAUUCAUAAUAAAUAUCUGCCUUUAUUGUUUCUAUGAAUAUUUUUUACAAC